CUUCCUUUCUUGCACUCCACACUUCAACCUGCCCGUCCUACUCGACUUAUUCUGCAUCCUUCAACCCAAUUUCUCAUCCACUCACAUCUCUCCUGUCAAAAUGUCUCUCCUCCGCAACAUCAAGGGUCUUGCUCCCCUCCUCGACCGCGUUCUGGUCCAGCGCGUCAAGCCCGAGACCAAGACCGCCUCCGGUAUCUUCCUUCCCGAGAGCAGCGUCAAGGAGCAGAACGAGGCCAAGGUCCUCGCCGUUGGCCCCGGUGCCGUCGACAAGAACGGCUCUCGUCUUCCCAUGAGCGUUGCUCCCGGUGACCACGUCUUGAUCCCUCAGUUUGGUGGUAGCUCCGUCAAGGUCGGUGAGGAAGAGUACACCCUUUUCCGGGACCAUGAGCUCCUUGCCAAGAUCAAGGAGAACUAGAUCAGUUCUUCGUCUUGUUCUUCCGCUUUCCGACUGGUUGAAAUAAUCCAAUCGGAGUCUUGUAUUAUAUCACGCAAAUCAUGAGCUUCUGUCAUGCACUUUAAAAUAAUCUAAAAAAGA